AUGCCUUCCGGUCAAGGAGCUGGUACGAACCCGAUUCACAACAAGAAGCCCAAGAAGAAGCCGGCCGCUGAGGAGGAUGAGGACGACAAGGCCUUCAAGGCGAAGCAGCAGGCUGAUGCCAAAGCCCGCCAGGAACUCGCCAGCGGCCUGAAGGGAAAGAAGGGCCCUCUGAACACGGGUACCCAGGGCAUCAAGAAGUCGGGAAAGAAGUGA